CGAACAAUCGCUGCCAUUCGCUCCUUCCCACACGACAAUGUAGAGGACCUCAUCAGAGGGGGAGCAGAUGUGAACUGUACCCAUGGCACGCUGAAGCCCUUGCACUGUGCCUGCAUGGUGUCCGAUGCGGACUGUGUGGAGUUACUGCUGGAAAAGGGAGCUGAGGUGAAUGCCCUGGAUGGUUACAACCGAACAGCCUUCCACUAUGCAGCUGAGAAAGAUGAGGCUUGUGUGGAGGUCCUGUUGGAGUAUGGUGCAAACCCCAACGCACUGGAUGGUAACCAAGACACCCCACUUCACUGGGCAGCCUUUAAGAACAAUGCUGAGUGUGUGCGGGCCCUCCUAGAGAGCGGGGCCUCUGUCAACGCCCUGGAUUACAACAAUGACACCCCGCUCAGCUGGGCUGCCAUGAAGGGAAGUCUUGAGAGCGUCAGCAUCCUUCUUGAUUACGGUGCAGAGGUCAGAGUCAUCAACCUAAAAGGCCAGACGCCCAUCUCCCGCCUGGUGGCUCUGCUAGUCAGGGGGCUUGGGACAGAGAAAGAGGACUCUUGCUUUGAGCUCCUCCACAGAGCUGUUGGACACUUUGAAUUAAGGAAAAAUGGCACCAUGCCACGAGAAGUGGCCAAAGACCAGCAGCUGUGUGAAAAGCUGACUGUUCUGUGCUCAGCCCCAGGGACUCUAAAAACACUCUCUCGCUAUGCUGUGCGCCGGAGCCUGGGACUCCAGUAUCUGCCGGAUGCCGUCAAGGGCCUUCCUCUGCCAGCUUCUCUGAAGGAAUACCUGUUACUCGUAGAAUAGCCUGGAGGAGACGU